AUGGCCGACAUGUCAGAAACGCCUGCAUCGUCAGCAGCCCCUGUCGACGCGAAAGCCGGAUCGGGUCCAUUGCGAUCAAACACCGCCUCGCCGGCUAAAUCGAAGACUGCCUCGCCAACGGAAGCGGAAUCAUCGGAGCCAACGUCUGCGCAGGCCGGUAUUGAGGUUGAUGACACUGUGGCGGACAAUGACUCAGUCUUGGACGAUCAGCUCUCCAUCUCGGCAUACACAGCUUCGCUUACCUCCAGCGUAGUCAACUACCCGACUGAACAUGGUCGACGCUACCAUGCCUUCAGGUCUGGAGCAUACUAUGGUCCUAAUGACGAGUCUGAGCUCGAUCGGCUUGACUUCAUGUCUGCAUUUCUCAUCAAAGCCGUCGGCGGCAAACUUCACCACGCUCCCCUGGAGAAAGACAAGAUUCACCGGAUCCUCGACAUUGGAACUGGGACUGGGAUAUGGGCUGUUCAAAUCGCAGAACUAUUCCCAAAUGCUGAGGUCAUUGGGAACGAUCUCAGCCCUAUUCAGACGAACUGGGUUCCGCCAAACGUCAAGUUCGAGGUUGACGACGUCGAGAGCCCAUGGGUCGGGAGCAAAUACGACUUCAUCUUCAGCAGAUCGAUGGCUGGCGCCAUCAAAGAUUGGCCGAAGCUUGUAGAGAGCACCUUUCAAAACACCAAUCCUGGGGGCUGGGUAGAAUUUCAGGACUGGGAUCUGCUCUACCGCUCUGACGACGGCUCACUAACCGACGAUCAUCAGACAUUGAAGAUGACCAAGAUGUUUAUUGACAUCUGCAGACAGAUUGGCAGGGAGCCUUGCCCUGGCCCCCUUCUCCCCCGGUGGCUCGAAGAUGCUGGGUUUACGAAUAUUGUCCAUAGGAAGGUCAAGAUCCCGCUGGGUUCCUGGGCGAAGGAGCCGCAUCUGAAGGAAAUCGGGCAGAUGAACCUCGUUCAAGUUCUUGACGGCUUGGAAGCCUUCAAUUUAAGGCUGUUUACAGGAAGCCUUGGCUGGACGAAAGAGGAGGCCAUGGUGCUCUUUGCGCAAUGCCGUAAUGAGAUGAAGUCGAAGGUUUUCCAUGCCCUUAUCGAGUUUCAUGUGGUGUAUGCCCAAAAGCCCGAGGCAGAGGUCGAGGAAUGA